CGACAGGCGCUAACUUAGUCGACGUUAAAGCACCGAAAAAAGAAGAGGUCCGUCCUAGAAGCGAGCGACAUCGCAUCUCAACCUGGAAUCUCAUCAAUUGAGUUCCACACGCUCGUGGCCGCCACCAUGGCAUCCUUUGCUGCAGCAUGCCGUCUUUCUGCGCGGCUCGCGACGCGCAAGUUGCAACAGGAAGCUGCAGUUCGAGGCUACCGGACAUCGGCCGUCGCUCUGGCCGCCCAAAACUUCUCCAUGCCCGCUCUGUCCCCGACAAUGACCGAGGGCAACAUUGCAACCUGGCGGGUCAAGGAGGGCGACAAGUUCUCCGCCGGCGAUGUGCUCCUCGAAAUCGAGACGGACAAGGCGACGAUGGAUGUAGAGGCCCAGGAUGAUGGCAUCCUAAUGAAGAUCAUGAAGGGCGACGGCAGCAAGGCCGUUCAGGUCGGCACGCGGAUAGCCGUCAUUGCCGAAGAGGGCGACGAUAUCAGCUCGCUAGAAAUCCCACCAGAGGAGAACAUCCAGGCAGUGAAAGCUGCCGAGGCCCCCGCUGUGUACACUCCGUCCGCACCCGAGCCGGAAUCCGCACCAUCUCCACCCCCGCAGCCUCGAACGGUCACUCCCAAACCCGGGCCAAAAACCUCAGGCCGGACUUACCCCAUGCUUCCCUCCGUGGCCCAUCUCAUCAAGGAGAACGGCCUGGAUGAGUCCGUCAUCAAGAAUAUCACGCCGACCGGACCAAACGGGCGUCUCCUCAAAGGUGAUGUUCUGGCAUACCUGGGCAAGAUCAACUCCCAGACUCCCUCCGAAGUCUCCUCACGCUUCGAGAAGGCGUCGCACCUCGACCUGAGCAAUAUCAAGGUCGCUAAGGCAGCGGAAGCGAAAAAGCCUGCUGUCGAAGCCGCCCCCGCCGUCCAGGCUCCUCCUGCCCCAGUCAAGUCACUCGUGACGCUCCCUGUAUCGCUAUCCGCCGUCAUCGAAGCGCAAGAGAAGAUUCAAAGGUCUCUCGGCGUAUUCCUCCCUCUGUCAACUUUCAUCGCCCGCGCCAGCGAGGUCGCAAACGACGAGCUUCCCCUCCCGGCAGGCUAUCAGCCCACAACGGACGAGCUGUUCAACCAGGUUUUGGGCCUGGACAAGAUCUCUGGCCCCAAGGCCUCGCGAGGCUCGUACAUUCCACAGAUUGCCACCUUCCCGCCGGCUUCCACGCUGUCCCGACCAACCCAGAAAAAGGUGGACAUUAUCGACCUAUUGACCGCGUCCAAGCCGAAAUCGGCACAGCCAUCGGUCAAGAAGACGCCAGUGCUCCCCGGUGCCUCUACAGGGCCGAACAUCUUUAGUCUGCAGGUGCCCAAGGCUGAGGAGAGGAGGGCACAGGUCUUCCUGGAGAGAAUCAAGCUGGUCCUCGAAAACGAGCCUGGAAGGCUGGUGCUUUGACGUUAAUGAUGUGUGUAUAAAGGGUAUUCAGUUGUAGGCAGCAUAGAUUUCGGUUUGGCUUUUAAAUUGCGAUGGCGAAUUCUGCUGUAUGAGGCUCCCAAGUACUCGCCUGGAACGGGGUUGGCGUCUACAGAUCGUUUUGGAUAUUUCAUCGCAAUCUACUGUACAGCCAGAGCUCCAACGACAUCAAUCCCCUCCAUUAUCUGCUUUUCCAGUCCACCUUAUAACGUCCGGGUUCACAAGAGGGAUGGAGAACGCGGACGCAUCAACAAGCAGUCAUGGUGAAAUUGUCUCUCCCUACUCCCGGAACAGAAUGCUGUCCGCCUCCCACCAGGGGAGUGGUAGAAACAACGCAGCCAACCAGUCUUCCCUUGCGGAAAAAAACAGCGCUAUCGCCGCCCUGAGUACUCAGAAAGGAGAGCAGUAACAGUACAAGAUCCC